AUGCGUACCGCUUUCUUCUCUGCCGCUUUGGCUACCGUUGCCAGCGUUGCUGCGCUCCCAUCUCCUCAAGAACUCCCUGCCACCAAGCUGAUCAAGUCUCUUCCCCUCAACAUCUUCGAAAGCACACCAAAAUUCGUCCAGCCAAUUCCUCUCGAGGAUGCCAAGCGUAUCUUCCAGGAGCACAACGCCACACAGCCAGAGGAGCAAGCACCCGAAGCCCAAUCACUCCGCGUCACAACCUUCGCCGCUGCUGCAACAUGCUCCAACGUCCGCACCCGCGUCGAGUGGGAUUCCUUCCCUGACAGCAGCAAACAGGCGUUUGUUGAUUCAGUCAAGUGCUUGAUGGGUCGCGCCCCCUCAGGCCGGUUCCCCGCGUCCAAGAGUCGAUACGAGGAUCUCGUCGCGCUGCAUCAGACUCUCACGCCCAAUGUGCACGGAAACUCCAAGUUCUUGCUCUGGCACCGUUACUACCUCUGGACCUUCGAGGACGUCCUGCGCUCAGAGUGUGGCUUGAGCGUACCUCUUCCCUGGUUCGACGAGACGCGCUAUCCUGGCAGGUUCUCGCAAUCUUCCAUCUUCUCUGCUAAGUGGUUGGGAGGCAUCGCCCUUGGCGGUAACUGCGUAACCAAUGGCCAAUUCGCCAACCUCGCCAUCAACAUUGGUCCUGGCUCAGGCAACCAGCCUCAUUGUCUUGCCCGCAACGGUGACGGCGCAAAGACGCAAUACUGCAACUCCGACUACGUUGCUCAGUGCAAUGCUUACAACGACUUUGCUGGCAUGGCUUCCUGCGCCGAGGGUGGUCCUCACGCUUGGGGCCACAACGGUAUUGGAGCGGUCAUGUCAGACACCUACGGUUCGCCCGCCGAUCCCAUCUUCUGGCUGCAUCACGGUUUCGUCGACCGCAACUUCCGCAUCUGGCAAAACAAGAACUCUGCCCGUUUGAGCAGCAUCAACGGUAACGACGUUUCCGGUAACCCGCUUACCCUCGACACUAGCAUCAACGUCUACGACAUCAGGCCAACCGUCAAGAUCAGGGAUAUCCUCGACACCACUGGAUCGACCCUGUGCUACAAGUACAACUACUAG